GCGCUUUAUCCACAAACACUUGUCAAGAAUUUCUUUACUUGCACAAAGAAAACACGUUUUAUCCACAAAAUUUAAUUAAAAUUGAAAAUGACAUCAAAAAAGGUCAAAAAGGCAUCUGAUAAUGACAACAUGCAGGAAUCUGAUGUCAGCAGCAGUGAUGAAUCGGAUUCAGAUUUGGAAUUAGCUGAAAAUCAUGAGGAAAUAAUGAUCGAUUUUGAGGGACGUAAUCCAUCCGAUGGCGAUUUUAAUGGAAUUAAGCAGCUCUUGCACCAAUUAUUCCUAUCAGCACCAAUCAGUUUAACGGAAAUGACUAAUACCAUAAUUUCACAAGAUUACAUUGGAUCUGUAAUUAAACAGACAUGGGAUGAAAACAUGCCAGAAGAAGAAGAGGAUGAAACGGAUGAAGAUCCAGCAUUUGGUGUUACUACAUGCAUUAAUCUCACAUCUCGUAAAGACACAAAAUUCGUGCAGGAGAUAAAACAGCUAUUAAUAAGCAAAGCUGAGAAGCAUGCGACAGACAGUGUCCUAAAACUAGUUAAAAACAUACUCACAAAUGACUCUAUUAAUACUGGAUUAGUGCUUAAUGAACGAUAUGUGAAUAUUCCAGCACAAAUAUCAGUUCCAAUGCUUGAGAAUCUUUGUAAAGAGAUGAAGCGAGCUGUUGAGAAGAAUAAGCCAUAUAAUUUUGGAUAUCUUGUGAUGCCACUCAAGUUUUAUCGAAAUGCUGGACCACAAGUUGAGGAUCUAUAUUCAAAUCCAGAAGAAGAGCACUUCCUUAAAGAGACUUUGGGCAGUUUUGAGUUUUCUGUUGAGGAAGAUACAGGUGUUGGUGGUAAAACGACACAAUUUAGAAAGAUUUUGAUUAUUGAUGGCAAAAAGUUCCCUGAAAUUGUGUCCUCGUUGAGUGACUAUAUUUCUGGAACUAUAUAAAUUACAUAAAACUUGAUGUAAGAUGCUUGAAAUAACCUGUUAACGAAAUAAAGCUUUCAAAUUAUUUUCUUU